GCCAAGUCAGGGGUUAUGAGGUGGUUUGCGAGUGAGGAGAAGAAUGAUCUUCAGUUUCUGACCUCCUGGCACGGUGGCGGGCGGUAUUUAUCAGGAGGUACAUGUGACUGGUUAAGACUCAGAGCCCCAGCUUGAAGGAAACAGCUGCUCUCGGCGUGCUCUGGCACUUGGCAGCUGGACAGGCAGAGUGCUGAUGUGAAAAAUACCACGACAAAACCACCCUAGUUCCCCAAAGUACUUAACAUUCAGGUUGAAUAAACCAGUUCUACAGACCGCUUCUUCCGUGCAUUUCCCAAUGAUGCUAACUGCCCUUAAAAUUCUUUCAGAUUUGGAACUGUAUCUGUAUGGAAACAACAGAGUUUUCUUGAAGUACAACUAAGGACGGGUCACCACUAGGCACUAACAUCGCUGACUUGCAUGAUUAUGGAGAUGGUCUAUCUGAUGCUGAAAAUGUCUCUAGUUUUUUGACAACGGCUAAAUAACCAUGGGAUCAAGUGGCCUUGGGAAAGCAGCAACAUUAGAUGAACUGCUGCGCACUUGCAUUGAGAUGUUUGAUGACAAUGGAGAGCUGAAUAAUAGUUAUUUGCCAAGAAUAGUUCUACUGAUGCACCGAUGGUAUUUAUCUUCCACUGAAUUGGCAGAAAAACUUCUCUGCAUGUAUCGAAAUGCCACUGGAGAAAGCUGCAAUGAAUUUCGAUUAAAGAUCUGCUACUUCAUGAGGUACUGGAUUCUGAAGUUUCCUGCAGAGUUUAAUUUGGAUCUUGGUUUGAUUCGUAUGACUGAGGAAUUUCGGGAAGUAGCUAGUCAACUAGGAUAUGAAAAACACGUCAGCCUCAUCGACAUAUCCAGCAUUCCUUCCUAUGACUGGAUGAGAAGAGUCACACAGAGGAAAAAAGUAUCCAAGAAGGGAAAAGCCUGUCUGCUGUUUGACCAUCUGGAGCCCAUUGAAUUGGCUGAGCACCUCACUUUUCUGGAGCAUAAAUCUUUUAGAAGGAUCUCAUUCACUGAUUACCAAAGCUAUGUCAUCCAUGGCUGCCUGGAGAAUAAUCCAACCUUGGAAAGAUCGAUUGCUUUAUUUAAUGGAAUCUCUAAGUGGGUCCAGUUGAUGGUUCUUAGCAAACCAACCCCCCAGCAAAGGGCAGAAGUCAUCACAAAGUUUAUCAAUGUUGCAAAGAAGCUCCUUCAGCUCAAAAAUUUUAACACCCUGAUGGCAGUGGUGGGAGGCCUCAGUCAUAGUUCCAUUUCACGUCUCAAAGAGACCCAUUCUCAUCUUUCUUCAGAAGUUACAAAGAACUGGAAUGAAAUGACAGAGUUGGUCUCCUCCAACGGCAAUUACUGCAAUUACCGCAAGGCCUUUGCCGACUGCGAUGGCUUCAAAAUCCCCAUCCUUGGAGUACACUUGAAAGACUUGAUAGCAGUCCAUGUCAUUUUCCCAGACUGGACGGAGGAGAACAAAGUGAACAUUGUGAAAAUGCACCAGCUCUCCGUUACCCUGAGUGAACUAGUCUCCCUGCAGAAUGCCUCUCACCACUUAGAACCCAACAUGGAUUUGAUCAACCUGCUCACGCUUUCCCUGGACCUCUAUCACACUGAAGAUGAUAUUUACAAACUCUCACUGGUGCUGGAGCCUAGAAAUUCUAAAUCGCAGCCUACCUCCCCUACGACGCCCAACAAGCCUGUGGUGCCCCUGGAGUGGGCAUUAGGGGUGAUGCCAAAGCCAGACCCCACGGUCAUCAACAAGCACAUAAGGAAAUUAGUGGAGUCUGUAUUUAGAAACUAUGAUCACGACCAUGAUGGGUACAUUUCCCAAGAGGACUUUGAAAGUAUAGCUGCCAAUUUUCCCUUCUUGGAUUCCUUCUGUGUUCUGGACAAAGAUCAGGAUGGCCUAAUUAGUAAAGAUGAAAUGAUGGCUUACUUCCUGAGAGCUAAAUCCCAACUACACUGUAAAAUGGGACCAGGAUUUAUCCAUAAUUUUCAGGAGAUGACCUAUCUCAAGCCAACCUUCUGCGAACACUGUGCGGGAUUUCUCUGGGGCAUAAUCAAGCAAGGAUACAAAUGCAAAGACUGUGGAGCCAAUUGUCACAAACAGUGCAAAGACCUCCUGGUUCUGGCCUGCAGGAGAUUUGCCCGGGCGCCCUCCUUGAGCAGUGGUCAUGGGUCACUGCCUGGAAGCCCCUCGCUGCCCCCAGCGCAGGAUGAGGUGUUUGAGUUCCCUGGAGUCACUGCUGGACACAGGGAUUUAGACAGCAGAGCCAUCACACUGGUUACAGGCUCUUCUCGCAAGAUCUCCGUGAGGCUACAGAGGGCCACCACCAGCCAGGCCACCCAGACUGAACCUGUCUGGUCAGAGGCUGGCUGGGGGGACUCGGGGUCCCACACCUUCCCUAAAAUGAAAUCCAAGUUCCAUGACAAAGCAGCAAAGGACAAAGGCUUUGCCAAAUGGGAAAAUGAGCAGCCCAGGGUGCAUGCUGGUGUGGAUGUUGUGGACCGAGGCACGGAGUUUGAACCUGACCAGGAUGAAGGAGAAGAGACCAGACAGGAUGGUGAGGAUGGCUGACUUCAGGCUGCAGAAACUGAAGGCAAUAAUGUUGGCUUUCGGAAGGGGCAAGACGAGAAACUCUGAAGAAAGCUCUGACUCUCAGGAAGUUAUCUGGAAAGAUACCUGGAUGUUUACUGCCUUGGGACACUGUGGGAUCUCCAUGUUUGGACUAUGGGACAGAGAAUUGACCCUAACUAUGAACUAUUUAUUUCCUCCUCCCCUACCCCUAGUUAAGUGCCACAAAGACUGUGUUAUGUAGUCAGUACUUUUCUCAUGUAUCUUUCUCUAGACCAUUUAUAUACGGGUGAAAUGAAAGCUUUUUUGCAUGUACUUGAUACUCAUUCUGUAAACUCAGACUUCGCUUUUUUUGUGAGAAUAUCCUUUCAAUAUUUUUAUAAACUUUUGUGUGUGCUGUGGCAGGGAACAGUUAACAAGGAGUUUAUUUAGAGAGGCUUUUUCAUUUUUUGUUUUUUUUGUUUUGUUUUGUUUUGUUUUGUUUUUCUUGGUGUGCUUUUUGGAUGGGACCAGGACUUAACAUUUUCCUGAGGACAAGGAAGCUCAUCAGACACUGGAAUGCAGUGAUUCUUCUAAUGAUGGUCAACUGCAAGGAGAAGCUGUUUACAUCGUUCCCACUAUACAGUUGCUAUGAUAUGUAACAAGUCACACAUGUAUAUAUCACACAAGUCUUACCAAUUCUGCAUCACUAGGAAGCUAUAGCAUGGUCGUGAAAGCUCUCCUAAUACUUACAAUAGCCAUGGAAGAAAAUUAUGCUUGUCCCUUCUGACUGGGUUAAGCCAUCUUUCUUAAGAUUCCUGAAGUAGAAAUAGCAAUUAAGAAAUUAAUUCAAGUUUUGAAGGUUAACAUUUAGCAGAAAAACAAACCAUUGAAUAAGCUACUAGAUGAAAUGCAAAACAACCAUCAAUUUUUUAAAACUCAAGAAUUUUGUGAAAAAAAAAAAAAAAAAACUUUCGGUUGUAAAAGAGAACCCUUGUUCUCUUUCUAAGAAACUGCCUUCCACAGUUAAAGAAUAUUCAUAGAAAGAAAAUAAUCAUAAAUCAUAUUUGAUUAACAUUUCAUUUAAGCUUUUAAAAUAUCGAAUCUUUUAGAUAGCUCCCAUUUACCCAAAAUAACUAGUUAUGGGUCUAUUUCUUCCAUGAUUAGAGGAGAGAGAACUUGAUUCAAGAUACUGAAAAAUAGAGAUGGAACUGAGCUUGUGAAUGACAGGAAUGAUCUGUUACCAGGUGACUAGUCGGAAACUACACAGAGGUGCACUGGUCUGCAUUUGGGGGCUAAAGUGUAUAUAUUCCAUUUAAAAUGGAAUUUGUUUAUAUUUGGGGCAGUCUUCAGUAAAGCCUUUCUCCUUUCUUUUCUCCAUUGAGGACAGUUCUGCUCAGCAAAAUUGUUGAGUACCUGUUCUGGGCAGGUCCCAUGCUAUAUGCACAAGGUUAAGAAAAACUUGGUCUUGGCCCUUGGGAGCUGACAGCCCAUGGGCAUUAAGGCAAAGUGGUUCCAGUGAUUUAAAAUAUGGUUCCAAAUAUGCUAAAACCAACUUGUGCCAACCAGAUUUACAGAUUGGAAAUACUGCAGCUGAAGUGAAGUUAUCAGUUGAGGGAGCUGUGAUUAAGCUGGAAAAUAAGAGAACGCACCAUCUGUAAAGCACUCAGAAGGCAGCCAUCCCUAGAUGUUGGUUUCAUGUAUAUUACACUAUCUACUACUACCCAUAAAUGCAAUGAUAUGCAUGUUAACAACAUUAAAAACAGAAAACAGCAAUCUAAGUACAGAAAAGCUUUUUUGUGUGUUUAAAAAAAUUGAAGAAAAUUCAGGAAGAAACGUGUUAAUAAACAUUGUACUGUU